AUGAAGUGGGGAACCCUUCUCUCCCUUGCGGUCGUCGCACCCUUUGCCAACGCUCUUCUGCGCUUCCCUUGCUCCCAGCUCGUGACCGAGCGUCUCGACCCCUUGGUCACUCCUGGUGAAGUCUCCCCUCACGUUCACCAAAUUAUUGGAGGAAAUGCCUUCAAUAUCACCAUGGACCACAACAACGACCUCGGUCGUCUCUCCACUUGCACAACCUGUCGUUUCAAGGAGAACAGGUCUAACUACUGGACCGCUGUCCUCUACUUCAGGGCACGCAACGGCUCGUACAUUCGGGUCCCCCAAAUUGCCAACCAGUUCACUGGAAACCCCAAUGGCGGUAUGACCGUCUACUACAUCCAGCCCAUUGGUAGCAACGAGAAGGUUACCGCUUUCCCCAAGGGAUUCCGUAUGAUCGUCGGUAACCCGAUGGUCCGUGCCCGAUCCAACAACGAGGCCCUCAACCGUGCUAUCACCUUCCGAUGCUUCGGUGCCAACUUCCAGAGCAACCCCGCCUACCCUCACCCUGGAACUGGUGAUGACACUGUCGAGCUCCCCAACCGUGCCUGCGCUGGUGGUAUUCGUUCUAACAUCUUCUUCCCAUCCUGCUGGAAUGGACGGGACAUCGAUCCUCCGGACCACGCUUCGCACAUGGCUUUCCCCACUGGUAGCAUCGGUCGUGACGGUCACUUCUUCCACGUUGGAACUUGCCCAUCCUCACACCCGAUCCGUAUGCCCUUGAUCUUGCUCGAGAUCGUCUGGGACACCCGUCAAUUCAACUCGCAAUGGCCCACCGAUGGAUCUCAGCCCUUCGUCCUCUCAUACGGUGACCCCACUGGCUACGGACAGCACGCUGACUACGUCUUCGGCUGGCAAGAUGACUCCCUCCAGCGCGCUAUGGAUUCCUGCACGGAUAUCGGUGGUGCCCCUGAGAGCUGCCGUGUCCUCCAGAGGAACAGCGAUGCCGAAAUGAACCAGUGCACUCUCCCCACCGUCGUCAACGAGCGUGUCGAAGGAGUCUACCUCGACGAACUCCCCGGAUGCAACCCCAUCCAACGCGGCCCUCAAUCUGCUACCAUGGUCCCGAACUGCCGUGCCAUCUCUACCACUGGCAUUGGCGGCCCCGUUGUCACCAACCCUCCCGUUGUCACUCAACCCCCCGUCGUCCAACCUCCUCCUCCCGUCACCAACCCCGGAGCUCCUCUCCAGACCCGCUUCGGUCAAUGUGGUGGCCAGGGAUGGACUGGCCCUACCCAAUGCCAGCCUCCCUACGCUUGCCAGGUCUCCAACCAAUGGUACUCUCAGUGCCUCUAA